CAAAUGCGCACGCCAUCUGGUGACAAGCGUGCGAGCAGCCUAGGCGAUUGAAUGGACGAUUUAGAUUUCAGGGUGGCUGACUGCGGCUGGCAGCACUGCUGCGAGCGUAAACGUUCGCUUGCUUGUGUGCGCUCUAUGUUCGGCGUCUGUGUGAGCUGUGUGCACUGAGUUCGUAGUGGCAAUCUGGCUGCUUUGAGUGGUGGAAUGAGAGAUUUGUGUGAUGUGUCGUUAGGUCGAAACGGUCGAGUCGGGUCGGGUCGUGUACCUUUUGCCACGAAUGUUUUGCCAGUCAGGCUCUAAAAGGCCUUACGAAAACAGCUGAGAUUUUGUUGGUCGCAUGACGCGCAUUUUUCCGAACAUCUGAAGUUAUUUUUUAUUACUGCUUGCGUAGAUAUGCCAAGGAGAAAAAUCACUGAAAUUUUACAAAGUGUGUGCAAAUCGUUUGAAAGUUCUCGGUUGCAACGCCCGAACAUAUAUGAAUUAUUGACGAAAGAGUGUUCGAUAAUAAAAAUAAUAAAUUAAAUGAAUUUAGCGAAAUACGCGCGGAGUGCGAUUAAAAUUUACCAGUGUUAAUUAAUUUUGAAUUUAAAUAAGUAUAUUUCGUAUAUUUUUUAGCGCGGCAACGCGAUCGCCAACCAAACGUGUGUGCAAGAAAUUUUCGCUCGAUCAGAAAUUAUGAUAAAGUGAGAAAUAUUGCAUACCAGCAGUGUUUUGAUACGAAAAUUAUAAUACAAAAAAUGAGUACUGGUUGAUGAGAAAAUACAAAGAAUUUUUGCACAAAAAAAAAAGAUUAAGAACUUUUGAGUGCUGCGAUCACUUCUUGUGCAACAUCGCAGCCGAAGAAAAGAAAAACAUAAUUAUAGCAACGAAAGGUGGUAAUCAAACGCGCAAACAGCCGCUACGCCACGUACAAAAAUACACACAACUAGCUACGGUCUCGUACCGCUUUGUGUCGACGGCAUACCAGCAAAGUGCAUACUUCAUUUCCUUCUUACGCCCCGCAAGCCGCCAAAAUUAUCACCCACAAUUCUUUGAGCGUGUACGGUGGCGGCGUCAUGUGCGCCUCACCGUCCACCGCUCCCGGCUUCUUCAAUCCACGCCCGCAGUCCAGCGCCGAGCUGUCCGCCUUCGAUCUCGGCCUGCCGCGCUCAAUGGCAUUGGGCGUACCGCCACCCUCCGCAUGGCACGAUCCUAAUCUCGGUGGACAUCUGCACGCCUCCGCUGGUCCCGGCUCGUUGCCCGGCGCGGGUGGCAGCUCCGUGGGUACCGGCGGCGGCACAACACCAUCCAGCGUCGCCAGCCAACAGUCGGCGGGCAUCAAGCAGGACCUUUCCGGGCUCGGUGGCGCGGGGGGCCAAUCGAACACACUCAACCAAAGCGGACAUCAUACAAUCAAAGAGGAUCUCUCCAGUCUGACAGCUGCCUCGGCGGCAGCUAGCGCGGCGGCACACCAUGCGGCGGCAGCACAUCAUGCAGCGGCGGCGGCGCAACAGAAUCACGGACAGGAGCUCGGCGUCAUGAUCAAAGGCCAACAAGCGGCGUCUAAUUGCUUGGGCGGCGGCAGUGCGGCGGGCGGUGGAGGAGGUGGUGGCGGCGGCGGCGGCGGUGGCAGUACAACGCCUAGUUCUCAGGCGAAUAGCCUGCAUUCGCAGAGUAGCAACAGCGACUCCAAACAAAAUAUGGACUGCAAGCAGAACAUCGAGUGUGUGGUGUGCGGGGACAAGAGCUCCGGCAAGCACUAUGGACAGUUCACCUGCGAAGGCUGCAAAUCGUUCUUCAAGCGCUCGGUGCGGCGCAACCUAACUUACUCAUGUCGGGGGAGCAGGAAUUGCCCGAUCGAUCAACAUCAUCGCAACCAAUGCCAAUAUUGCCGUUUAAGAAAGUGCCUGAAAAUGGGAAUGCGACGAGAAGCUGUUCAGCGCGGUCGUGUGCCACCCACUCAACCCGGUUUGGCCGGCAUGCACGGUCAGUACCAGCUCGCGAAUGGCGACCCCAUGGCCGUCGCCGGCUUCAACGGUCACUCCUAUCUCAGUUCCUACAUUUCGCUGCUCCUGCGUGCCGAACCCUACCCAACGUCCCGCUACGGUCAAUGCAUGCAGCCGAACAACAUAAUGGGUAUCGACAACAUCUGCGAAUUGGCCGCCCGCUUGCUAUUUUCUGCCGUCGAGUGGGCCAAGAAUAUACCGUUCUUCCCCGAACUGCAAGUGACGGAUCAAGUGGCGCUGCUGCGUCUAGUCUGGUCGGAGUUAUUCGUGUUGAAUGCGAGCCAAUGUUCGAUGCCGCUGCAUGUUGCGCCACUGCUGGCUGCCGCUGGCCUGCACGCCUCGCCGAUGGCGGCGGAUCGCGUGGUUGCGUUCAUGGACCACAUACGUAUCUUCCAGGAGCAGGUGGAAAAACUGAAGGCGCUGCACGUCGACUCAGCGGAAUAUUCCUGUCUCAAGGCGAUCGUGCUCUUCACCACCGGUAAGUUGCUGGACAUCCUCUAUAAGGAUGUGCCGGCGCUGCUAACCAAAGUUUCAGCUCAAGUGUGUGCGUUGGCCUCCUCGGCCAGCACUCACACCAGCGCGAAUUCGGAUAUGCUGUUGGUGGUGCGCGACCAUCUCGACGAUCUAAAUCGUGUCGAAUCAGAGUCGCAGCAACACGCUUCGGCGGCCGCUUUCCACCUGGCCGCCUUCAUGAAGAGUGUUGCUGGUGUGGAAGCGGCCACCCAAAAUGCCUUCCUCGCCUCCGAGCAUGCGGCGCAUACGCCCUCGGCAGCAACGACGACCCCAUCUUCAGAGCAAAACUCCGGAAACACGGGAGCCACCGAACACUGUCAAGUCAGUGAUGAUCACAAGCCAACAUCUCAGCAACUGGCCACCAGUUCAGCGAACGGUCUAGUGCACUCGGCGACCAGUGCUUUCAGCUCAUGUGCGCCCAGUCACAAGACCGCCGCACACCUGACCAGCACUGACGAUUUGUUGGCUGCGCUAUAUGCCAGCGCCAGCGCGGCGCCAACCACCUCCACUACAACCACGUCUACUUCGAAUUCAAGUCACAAUAAUAGUAGUGGUCUGGGCGCUUCCAUAAAUACUCAAUCGCAAAUCGGUUCGUCUCUGUUUAACAGCCUAACCGCUUCGCCAUUGAGUAAUAGCGCAAACCAAACCACUGCCACCGCCGCUGCUGCCUCUUCAGGUACCGCAGGUAGUAAUCAUGGCGGAACAUAUCAAUCGCCGCAUCUUACCUCCGCGCAACAACAAUACAAUUCACAUUCGCAGUCGCAGGCGGCGCAAGAUCAGCAACAGGCCGCGGCAGCAGCCGCCGCCACAGCGGCCAUGUUCUAUCAGACACCGCCGCGCUCUGCCUUCGGUUCGGCCUUUGAUAUGUUCCACCAUAGCACACCGUUCGGUGUGAGUAGUGGCGCUUCGUUCGGUAGUCCCAGCUAUAGAUACUCGCCUUACAGCUUCGGCAGUAGGUGGCAAUUGUAGUUCGAAGUACUUAAGCAUCGAGUAGAGGUGCAAACCUAGCGACUUGUUGUUGAGAGUUGGUAGAGCCGCCUUAGCCAUAGGUCCAAAUAGAUAGUGUUUAGUCUAGUCUAGUACAUCUAAGCUGUGCUCGUAGGUUUUAAUACGCAGCCGCGCUUUUGUAAUAAAAAACCACACAAAAAAACUGUAAUUAAAUACUUAGUUUAGGAAUCGAACGUUGUAUUGUGUAAUUGAUUAGUUCAAUAGCUUUUUAGACGUUGCAAUCAACUAAUUUAAAUGGACGCAAUUGAAUUGAUACGUAUGUAUGUAUGUAUGUACAUAUGUACUACUGAUAUGUGCAUAUGUAUGUAAAACUAGUAUGUAUGUACAAGUUUGUUUGUUCAAGUGUGCAUUAUCUAUAUUUACUUACAUAUAACGAUAUGGAAUAGCUACUCUUAGUGUGCCUAAAAACUCGACAAAUUAGCGUAUCGACUUAGUUAUAGAACCCAUAAGUGCUAACUAAAUUAUUUAUUUAUUCUUUUAAGUGUAAGUGUAAUUUAUUCUAAAUACUUAAAUAGUAGUUGGGUACAAAGUUGAACAUUGAAAUAAGAAGGAGGAAGAAAAUAUAAAGGAAAUUAAAAAAAAUAUACGCAUUGUUGCUUGAAAAAUUAAAUCAUUUGAAUUUUGUAUUUUGCAUUUGCUAAAUCAGAAAGAUCUUCUUCAAAAAAAAAAAAAAAACACUUUAAAUUUUUUUAAAGCUUGCGCUUUUUUAAUUAUUUAUAAUUAUUAUGCUUGUGAGGAAAUUAAGUACAGCCCAGUGCAAUAAGUUGUGUAUUGCAAUGAAUGGAAAUUUUCUCACAAAGCCUUGAAGUUGGUUCCUAUUCAACUUUGCUUUUUAUUGACUCAACUUAAUUUCAUCCAAAGUAAAAGUCAAUAAAAACUUAAAAUUCAUUCGGUUAAAAGUUUAAAAAUUUUACUGAGAAAAAGGGAAGACGUUUUUGCUUAGCGUAAAUGAUAAGAAACAUAAAUCUUUUAAAGGUUAAGUAAACACUAAUUUUAUA